AUGCGAAAGCUGUCGCUGAGUGAAGCCGAAAUCGUUGUUCUAUCCGCCUUAGUAAUUCUAGAUCCAGCAACAGAUUCGCCCGGCUUAUCGGAAUCAUCGUCGCUAGCACUCAGCCAGCUUCGCGAUCGUGUGCAAAACGCGUUGUUCCAGCUGAUUCGUGAGAACUCGUCCGUGUUGCACAACGUGACGAGCCGUUUCGGCAACAUUCUGCUCCUGCUCCCACCUCUAGCGAAAUUGAGCUCACUUGUCGGAGAGAAUGUGCAAUUUGCUCGUAUGUUUGGCGGAACGCUCGAUCCACUUCUUGUGGAAUUGUUCGCCGACAACACCUCUGAGGUUAUCUCAUCACCGUCAACCAGGGAGAAAGCGGACGUAUCCACUCAAACGUACCCGUCCACUUCACCGGCUCUGCCGUCUGAUCUCGCCGAAGUACACGAUGAAAUCCCGGCAUGUACGGAACCCACUCGCCCAGCACCUGUCCUACCAACAGGUUAG